AUGUGCCACCGAUAUGACCGCUUCGGAGAUAGUUACGUGGACGCCACCGACGAGGAGACGCUGCGACGGUGCUUCAUGAAAGUGGACCAGCCAUUACACUUGCUGACGGCCAGUAGGAGCACGAACAUGUGCCACCGAUAUGACCGCUUCGGAGAUAGUUACGUGGACGCCACCGACGAGGAGACGCUGCGCCGGUGCUUCAUGAAAGUGGACGAGGAGCCCGAGGUCCACCUGACCCGCACGGAGAUGCUGCAACUGGACCGCGUCCUCUUCGGCGACCAGCACCCCUUCUCCUUCCUCCGCAACUGCGCCCUCCACUUCCCCACCCCCACCACCAACACCAUCGUCGCCCGAAUGUACGGAGCCAGCAUCGUAGAACCCCACAACGCUACUUUAACACAUGUAGUUCUGCCGCGGGGUUCAGAUAAGACAGAUGUUACGCGCGCGGAGAGAAUCGGACGAGGGUUGGUGGUAUCCGAGGAUUGGUUGGACGCCUGUGUGGAGGAGCGGGAGUAUGUCAAUGAAAAACCGUUCUUGUUUAACAGUAUAGACUUGUAUGUGCCUUAGCUUAUAGAAUACAGUAUG